AUGGUGGCCGGAGCAUCUUCGGGGCUCGGCUGUGAGUUCUGCCUCGACCCUGUCAAGGCCGGCUGCAACGUCGUGGCCGCAGCCCGCAGGACCACCCUCCUCCAGUCCCUCAGUGACGAGAUCAAUGCCAUGCGUGACCGGCAGGCGAGAUGUGGCAGCGCGGUGGCCUUACAGCUCGAUGUCAGCGUGGAGGUCGUCAAGAAGGCCUGGGCCGUCUUUGGAAGGAUCAACGUCCUCAUCAACAAUGCUGUAAUAUCAUACCUAUCAAAGAAAAACGUUCAAAUCUGGCUCACGGCAAUCAUGAGAGAUCAAGCCAACAAGGAAGUUUUCAAUCAAAUAAUGUAA